AAUUUGAUAAUUUCUCCUCUAUCAAUUUUUGUUGCAUUAUCGAUGGUUAUGUGUGGCGCCAAUGGUAAAACUCUUCUUGAGAUGAGUAAUGCACUUUCAUAUGGAGAUUCUGAUUUCUCUCAAGUGAAAGAUAAUCAAUUGAAGCAGUUUAUUGAUGGAAUUGUGGAACAUUUAUCUUAUUCUGAGAAUACAUUAUCAUUGGCCAAUAAUAUUUAUAUUUCCAAUAGUAUUGAAUUACAAGAUGCUUUUAAAAACACAAUGAAGGAAAUAUUCAAAGCAGAUUUGAAGCAGACAGAUUUCACUCAUUCAACUAAAGCUGCUAAUGAAAUUAAUGAAUGGGUUUCUGAAAAGACGGCUGAAAAAAUUAAGGAUCUCAUUAAUCCAUCAUCCAUUAAUGCAAGUACGAAAUUAAUUUUGGUGAAUGCCAUAACUUUCUUUGGAUCCUGGAAAAAUACAUUCGAUAUCAAACAAACAGAUGAAGAUGGAGAAUUUUACACAGUGAAUGGAGUGGUUAAGAGUGUGCCACUCAUGAAAAAACGAUUUGUAAAAUUGCCAUACGGAGAAGAUGAUUCUUACAAAUGGGUCACAUUAGAAUAUUCAGAAUAUAAUUUUGCAAUGAAAUUGUUUCUUCCCAAGACACCAAACACAAAAGUUUCUGAUAAGGUAGAAUCAAAAUUUGAUGAGUGGAUUACUAAGAAACUAUCUCAAAGAUCGAAUCUAUCCAAAUUUCCAACGAGUGAGAAAAAACUCGAAUCGUUCAUUCUUCCAAGAUUUGAGGCUGAAUAUUCAUCCUCACUAAAUGAAAUUCUUCAAAAGGCUCCCUUUUCGAUGACAUCUGCAUUCUCAGCAGGUGCUGAUUUCAGUCAAAUGGACAAGAAUAAUUCUGUAAUGAUUGAUAAGGUUUUUCACAAAGCUGUCAUUAAGGUUAAUGAGGAAGGUACAGAGGCUGCAGCUGCCACUUAUGUGAGUAUGAGAGCGAAAUCUAAAAAGGUAAAGAAAGAGGUUGUUUAUUCAUUUAAAGCUGACCAACCUUUCUUUUAUAUGAUUACAUAUAAGGAUCACAUCUUAUUCCUUGGC